AAAAAAAAAAAGGCAACAAAAGAGAGAGUGGGGGAGAAAGAGAGAGAGAGGAGGAGGAGGAAAAAAAAAAAAAACCAGACUGCUGCAAAGCUGAGCUGAAAAGCAAAGCAAACAAACUUUGAAAAUAAAGGGGGAACAGGAAGUUUGGAAACGGUGUCCAAUAGAUAUGGCAAUGGUAGUCGGUGCGUGGCGAGACCCCCAGGACGAUGUGCCCGGAGCUCAGGGAACGCAGCCUUCGCAAGCCCCGCCGGUGCAGGGACCCCCGGCCGGGGCCCCGCACACCCCACACCCCGGGCCCGGGGGCCCUCCCAGUACGCCAGCCCAGACCAACCCGCCAAGCCAGCAGAACCAAGGAGACAAACAGCAGCAGCAGCAGCACAUUGAAUGUGUGGUUUGUGGGGACAAGUCUAGUGGCAAACAUUAUGGCCAGUUUACCUGCGAGGGUUGCAAGAGUUUCUUCAAGCGGAGUGUAAGGAGGAAUCUCAGCUACACUUGUCGUGCCAACAGGAACUGUCCCAUUGACCAGCACCACCGCAAUCAGUGUCAGUACUGCCGCCUCAAAAAAUGCCUCAAAGUUGGCAUGAGACGGGAAGCGGUCCAGAGGGGCAGAAUGCCACCCACACAGCCAACUCACGGUCAGUUCGCCUUGACAAACGGGGACCCUCUCAACUGCCAUUCCUACCUAUCCGGAUAUAUCUCCCUUCUUCUGAGAGCCGAGCCCUACCCCACCUCCCGCUUUGGCAGUCAGUGCAUGCAACCCAACAACAUCAUGGGCAUCGAGAACAUUUGCGAACUGGCAGCUAGGAUGCUCUUCAGCGCGGUGGAGUGGGCCAGGAAUAUCCCCUUCUUCCCAGACCUGCAGAUCACAGACCAGGUGGCCCUGCUCAGGCUGACCUGGAGCGAGUUGUUUGUGCUCAACGCUGCCCAGUGCUCCAUGCCCCUCCACGUAGCCCCGCUCCUGGCAGCCGCCGGCCUCCACGCUUCGCCCAUGUCUGCUGACCGAGUGGUCGCCUUUAUGGACCACAUACGAAUCUUCCAAGAGCAAGUCGAAAAACUGAAAGCCUUGCAUGUCGACUCCGCAGAAUAUAGCUGUUUAAAGGCCAUAGUCCUCUUCACCUCAGAUGCCUGUGGUCUCUCUGAUGUAGCCCAUGUUGAAAGUUUACAGGAGAAGUCACAGUGUGCUUUGGAAGAGUAUGUUAGGAGCCAGUAUCCCAACCAGCCAACACGAUUCGGGAAGCUAUUACUACGUCUCCCCUCCCUUCGCACUGUCUCCUCUUCUGUCAUAGAGCAAUUGUUUUUUCGUCCGUUUGGUAGGUAAAACCCCCAUAGAAACCCUAAUCAGGGAUAUGUUACUGUCUGGCAGCAGUUUCAACUGGCCUUAUAUGUCCAUUCAAUAAAAUAUUCGAGAGAGAGAAAAAAAUAAAAAAUAAAAAAUAAAAAAUGAGAAGGGAGAUGAAAGAGAGUGAAAGGAAAGCAAAUGACAUUUGGGUUCUGGUUGUUUCUUAAAUUUCCUUCUGCUAAGAAAGGAUGUAAAAGGAUGUUACAAGUUUGCUAAGAGAAGACAGGAAAAAAAUUAAUGGACUGUGAAUUUAAAAAGAGACUGUCAAAUGAACUUUUACAGAAUGCAUUAAAAACUCCCGUGUCGUUCAGAAAAAAAAAAAAACUUGCUACUUAUCAUUUUUUUGUAAAAAAUAAAAAAAAAAGAGAGAAAGAAAAAAGAAAGAAAGAAAAAGGAGAAAGAAGAAGAAAAGAAACGAUGGUGGGCUUUUUCUUUUUUUCUUUUUUCUUCUUUUUUUCUUUUUUUUGGGGUAAACUUUUUAAAAAAUUCUCGCUUAAAGUGCAUUUAAAGGAAAUUUGGAGAAAAUUAGCAGAAUGGAAGAAAGUAAGUCUUUUUUUUUCCAAAUUAUUAAUUGUCCUAUGUGUCUAUGUACCUAUAGCUGUUCUUUUUUGUAUUUUUCUGGUUUCAAACCAGUUUAUUCUGUGGUUCUAUAAUAAUUUUUGAUAUAAUCUUGGCUUCUUUAAAAAAAAAAAAAAACUGUGUAUCCUUAAAAUAUAUGUUCUGAAAGAAUUAAAACUGAGUCCACGAAAGUAUCAUAGGAAGAAAGGAAAAGAGAAAAAAAAACCACUCAACAACACAAUGAUGGAAGCGCACUUAAGGUGGUGACCCAAAAUCUAGCUUGAAGCUGAGAGAGCUAUAAUUAUAUAGACCCGAAUGAACCACACGUGUCAUAUAACUCCCCCCAAAUCUAGGUUUUUUGAUAUUUCGGACAGAAAAUGAACUGUGGGGAUUUAUUAUAGGUAGAAGGAUUCGUGUCCAAGACACACUGCGGUUUUGAUUUAAAAGCAAACAAACUAGCAAAGUGAACUUUUGUAAUUUGAAUUGGGUUCCACAUAGUUCAUCAUGAAUUGUUAUUAAACUCCUCUAUCUGUUUGUAUAUUUGCAAGCCCUUUGUAUUAUAAUAAUUGUUGAUAUUUUCCCUUUUUAAAAAAUACCAUUGAAAUCAGCAUGACAAAAUAACACUGUUGGCACUUAUAGAUAACGUGAUUGAUUCAGUAUCUUAGAGUUUACAGUUUUGUGUUUAAAAAAACUGAAGGUUUUUUUUUUAAGUGCAACAUUUCUGUAUACUGUAAAAGUUAUAAUAACUGAACUGUUUGGUCGAGUCUUUGUGUGUUAUAUUCCAAGGAAAAUUGAAAGUAUUCAGAAAUUAAAAUAUUAUUUGAUAUCUGAAA